GAGGGACCGGCCCAGGCACAUCUGAGGUUUGCGAAGACCUGUUCACUCCACGGUUAAGAAUUUGAGCUCAAAGCCGAGGGCCACCUGCGAAAAUGUGCAAAGGACUUGCAGCUUUACCCCAGUCAUGCCUGGAAAGGGCCAAGGAGAUUAAGAUCAAAUUGGGAACUCUCCUCCAGAAGCCAGACACGGCUGUUGACCUUGUCAUUCCGUACAAUGAGAAGCCGGAGAAACCAGCCAAGACCCAGAAGCCGUCGCUGGAGGAGGCGCUGCAGUGGCGUGACUCCCUGGACAAGCUCCUGCAGAACAACUAUGGACUUGCCAGCUUCCGAAGUUUCCUGAAGUCUGAAUUCAGUGAGGAAAACCUUGAGUUCUGGAUUGCCUGUGAGGACUACAAGAAGACCAAGUCCCCUGCCAAGAUGGCUGAGAAGGCAAAGAAAAUCUAUGACGAAUUCAUCCAGACGGAGGCUCCUAAAGAGGUGAAUAUCGAUCACGUCACCAAGGACAUCACGGUGAGGAACCUGGUGGAACCCUCCCGGAGCAGCUUCGAUUUGGCGCAGAAGAGAGUCCACGCUCUGAUGGAGAAGGACUGUCUGCCCCGCUUCCUGCGCUCCCCCUGCUACCAGGAGCUGGUCCUGUAGCAGCUGUGACCACUGCGCAUGCGUGUGAGUUACUUGGCAGUGACCCCGCGUUCCCAGCAAACACAUAUUGUCCCGUCGCUGGGGCUUUGCUCCAACGCUCACGCAGGGAACCCCGCGCUUGCUUAGCCUUCCCUGCGUCCUUCUGGAAGUUUCCUGUCUGAAUGCCUUCCUUCCACAGUCUUCUUCCCACCCCGUUGUUAACUAAGCCACACUCAGUCUGUUGAACCCGGUCAGAAUCCCAGGAAACGCUGCCUGAGGACAUAGGGAUGAAUCGGUGACACCACUGACCUAAAUCAGUCUGAAAAUGAGCGCCCAUGUGGGAAGGCCGAUUUCUUUUUUUUAAAAAGAUCUAAUUGGCUUUAUUAAAUAAUGUAUUAAUCAGGCAUCAUCCCAUCCAGAUAGAAAGAUGUCUCUGGGACGGCCAAUUUCAAGUGAGAGUCCCUGAUGGCGUUUGUUGCUGUAAUUCUGACCCAGGGAUCACCCCUCUAAGGACUUCGCUCUUGGGUAGUAAAAGGUGGUAGGAAUUGUAGGAGGCGGCCACUCUGACUGUUUACACAAAUACAUUAUUUAAAAUACUGCUUUUCCCCUACAGCGUCUUCACAUCAGCUGGAGAAUACAAACAAGACACAAGGCCACCAGUGUCUCAGUCUCUCCCAACACAACAUUGAUUCCUCUUCACACCUCCUUCAUCCCCCCGAUAAAGGUCUAAAUUCUGUAUUAAAUCAGUGCACUAAGGUCCACAAUGGAUUAUUUUCUAAAUGUGUCUAUGCCUCCAGUAUGUAGGCCCAGAGUUUCAGUUUUCAAAUUAUUUUCAACCCAUCUCCGUUCUAAAAUGUUAGCCCCAGUCACAUAAAGCAGUUGCUGUCCUUGCAGUGGUCGCUCCCCUCAAAAUCCAGAGCGCUAUGCGCUAGACUGGGGGAUUCUGUCAACUAGAAAUGGUUAGUGAUCCCCUGAUGCCGUCUGUUCAGCAAAUGACGAUUAUCUUAGCAACACCAAAUUACCUUUGGAAAAAUGAGCUUGACUCCUUGUAGCAGCUUUCUGUGUGAUGGAGUUUCAAAGUACCCUCCGUUUUGCAGACUGACAUCAGCCUAACGCACCCCCGUCCCCACCCUGUGUUAGUGGAUUGUACUCGUCACCCAAGUUCUCACUGACACUCCAGCCUGCCUUGCACAGCUCACAGAUAGGCCACGGCUUUUUCAGUAGGUUUAAACUUUUCAUUCUGUAUUUCACUAUUACAAGUCUUGCUAGAAUUUUUUUCUCAUCUUCAGUAGGUUUGAUUAAGUCAUGAUUUACAUGAUUCAGUGACAAGGAGAAUCAAAGUGAACUGUGCUAGAGGGGAACCACCCUGAGGACACUCAGUGAAUCAGAAAAGUAUUUUCAAGAGUAAUAAACCUCAGAGAUAUUUCACUAGA